UGUACACGAGUGCACACACAGAGUCAUCAUAUUGGCGUCACGUAUGCAUUUAUCUGCGCAAAAAGCUUUAGAUCGGGGUAUUUUGUUGGACGUUAAAUGCAUUGCCUGCUCGCUCUUGCUAGCAUUAUUCGACCCUGGGAAAGUCAUAUACACGCUGGGUAAAAGAAGUAGAAGCGAUAUUUUGCUUAAUUCGAAGCAACCAGUAUUGCCACUGUAGCAUUUCACUGUGUCUACGGUAAUUCACAGUUACUCCAAUCAUCCAUUCUUUACUCCGAAAUACACCCAAGCUGCUCCGAUGUCAAUGAUGACGGAGGAGAAGACUGCUCGAUAUCUAUCACAGAUUGGACGAUGUAGCGACGAGGGCAGAGCAAACUUCGAGAGCCUUGCCGAGAGUAUUACAUCGGCUACCGAGGAGGACGUCGAAAAUGUUGAAAAAGAAGCACGAGUUCAGGCAAGUCGAGCAAAACAAGAAGCAGACGAUGCCAUCAGAAAGAUUUCGAAGGAAAGGGAUCGCCACAUUCGAGAAAUCCACCAGAAAGCCGAACAGAAGGGAAAACUGAUUCGAGAACGAAAGGGGGCUUUGCUUGCCGAAAUCAGCAGAUUGCGGGAAAGCUUCGAGAACACGAUGAAAGAGAGGCGAGGUCGCAUUGAAGCUCAGGUAAAGAUGCGGUCAGGAGCUAUGGCCAACCUUACAGCGGUCGAAGAAACCGAACCGUGCGACACUCUACAGAACGUCGCCAAGGAUAGCCUUGAUACGGUGCGCCUCGUCACAGCCUCGUGCAGGAAGAUCAAAUUCACCCGACAACAAAAUGACUCGGAAGAUCUCGUAGGGACACUCAAUGGAGUACAACACUCGUGGGAGUUGGAGCGUAAUAUCCCCAUACCCACAAACAUAUCUUAUCCAGAACUCCUUGCAAAAUCCAGAGGCAACAGCGGUGUAAUAAUGACGAACGAGGUUAGAUCCGGGCUCUUUGAAAUAAAUACCGAUACCGAACAAGCGCGUACGAUCGUUGCGGACGCGCAUUUCGAUAUUUGUGACUGUGCAUGCGCGUAUAAUGACACACUAGUUGUAAGUGACUAUAAUAGUAAGACUAUUCAUAUUUAUGAUAUGGCUGGUGCGUCAGUGAAAUCAAUAGGCAUCCCGUCGGCCCGCGCGAGGGUAGCCGUGACAAAGGAUGGCUUGGUGUUGGUUGGAGAUGAACUCAACGGGAAAAUCUAUUUCCUGAAUCCCAGGAACGGAAAAAUCAUCCGAACCUUACCCAUUGACGGGAAGAAAAUUAAUGGAAUAUACUACAUGAGCCGUGGCUGGAUCGUAAUACAAACCGGCAUUACGGUAAUCAGUGUCUAUGAUGAUUUAGGCGUCCUGAGGGAGACGAUCCAAGACAGCACGUGGAGUGAGUUGCGAUGCGCAGUGAGUCGUGACGUCAUCUACAUCAUGUAUAAGAAAGAAGACGACCCAACCACAUACGUCGCAAUGCGUUCCCCGAAUACAGGUCGCAUCGAGGUGAUCGUCCGAUGCAAGAUAUCGAGGUUCCUGCUAUCGGAAUUCAUUGUGACGUCAUCUGGAAACAUCGCCAUCAACGGUGACAAUGAGAUAUUGGUAUUUAACCAAGCACCGGGGUACGAAGCUGUUUUGAAGAGGUUAAAGUAGUAUACUAACCAAAAAAUAAUAAAUAAAUACAGAGGCAAUAUAAUUCGGACCCGUUGCUUUAUACGACUUUCUAUCUCUCUCUCUCUCUCUCUCUCUGUUUCUUCUCACUUUUUACAAGAUUUCAUUUUUGUAUUAAACCUAAUACCCGCAUAAUAUCUAUCCAAAAAAUCAGGUCUUAUCGGAUUUUUAUGCCACAGGUACCUGAGGCCGUAACACCAAGCUUAGCAAUAAUCGUAGAACAUUUUCUACGAUCGAUUGGAUUGACUACAAAGUACAAUCAAUUGUGAGAAUUUAGUGUACGAUUAAUCAUUAACUUCUAUGUUACCUAAGAACCAUCAGAUUGUUGUAAACUAGGGCCUACAACGUUCAUGUGCAAUAUCCAACUUUACAAUGGAAAUGUAUGAGCAAUAUUGAUUUAAAAGAAGUAUAUUAAAAUUAUCAGGGGUUUUCCCUGUAUAUUCAGAAUGCAAUGAGAUUCAAAAGAUUGUGUAUUGAAGAUAAAACGGGUGGGUGUUUCAUAUAGCCGUUCAUAAGUUAAGAGCGACUUUAAGAACGACUGGUGAUCCUUUCUUGUGGCAAAUGGUAAAUACGCAAAAGAUGUUUGUUGGCGACGUUUAACGUACGUAAGAAAGGAUCACCGCUCGGUCAUAAAGUCGCUCUUAACUUACGAAAAGCUUUAUGAAUCAUCCACCCAGUCUGUAAUAUUAAGUUAGUUACAAUGAAUUUGUUUUUAAGUAGUCAUUCUCGUUUGUGUGUUCUCGAAAAUGAUUGGUAAAAUUCAUCCAACAUCAAUUAACCUACACUGCAAAAAUACCGGUGUAACAUUACCACCAGCUCGGAAUCUAUAUAGGAUAAGACCAAAGAGGUGUCGAAACAGCACCACUUUAAUACCAUAUGUCUGAUUGAUUCUUAACUGGUGUUGUUUCAACACUUCCCUGGUGUGUUCCUAUAUAGAUGCCCAGUCUGGUGUUAACUCAACACCUGUAUUUAUACAAUGUAAACAGUUUAUUAGUUGAUUGGUGUCAUUUUUUCACAUAUUCAGCAACAGACUGGUUACUUUGGCCAAGAAAUCAUAUUUGUGAGCGAUGCCAAAAUCGCGUAAAAAUACUUAGGGAAAAGCUAUGUAUUUUCCAUUUUGUGUGCAGUGUAUGAUCAUGUCUAUGAUAUUGGGGCGGCGUUGUCUAGUGGUUAAGACUCUCAUCUUUCAAUCUGUGGGACGUAGGUUCGAUUCCCAGCCAUGGUGGGUUUCUUUUAGCUGCAAGGAUUAACCCACAUUGUGCUGCACCCAACCCAGAUGAAGUCAGCUGGUACCGACAGAAAGUAAAUCCUCAAAAAGCUCCCAGCAUUAGAAUGUGUAGGUGGAUACGUGCGCUACAUAACUCUGCAUUAUGCCGAUUAAGUCAUUAUUGUUAUUGGGGCUAUUGUACAUUUAUUUCAUCAGAUUUGGGAUGUAAGGCAAUGGCUGAUCCAGAAAUUGAGAGCAGGGUGAGUCCAGUCAGUCAUUUUAACGUUUUGGAACAAUUACAAUAGCUCCCAUGGUUCUUACUAAUGGCGCUGUCACACCUUGGCGUUUUAGACAGCGUAUG